CGAGGGGUCUCGGCUUCAGCAGCCACUCGGCCGUCGCUGCUGCCCAGAGCCCGGAGCCCGGGUGGUUUGGAGCCAAGUGAGGGGUGAAGUGUCCGGGAGGAGGCGAGGACGGGUCGGUCGGAGGAGGGUUUAAAGCCAGGUGCGCCGAGCCCGCUCGCCAUGUCCAGAUCCGGGGACAGGACGUCCACCUUCGACCCCAGCCACAGCGACAACCUGCUGCACGGCCUCAACCUGCUGUGGCGGAAGCAGCUCUUCUGCGACGUGACCCUGACGGCGCAGGGCCAGCAGUUCCACUGCCACAAGGCCGUGCUGGCCUCCUGCUCGCAGUACUUCCGAUCGCUCUUCUCCAGCCACCCCCCGCUCGGGGGCGGGAUCGGCGGCCAGGACGGGCUCGGGGCGCCCAAGGACCCCCAGCAGCCGCCGCAGCAGCCGCCACAGCAGCCGCAGCAGCCGCCGCCGCCGCCGCCGCAGGAGGAGCCCGGGACGCCGUCCUCCUCCCCCGACGACAAGCUGCUGACCAGCCCCCGGGCCAUCAACAACCUGGUGCUGCAGGGCUGCUCGUCCAUCGGGCUGCGCCUGGUGCUCGAGUACCUCUACACGGCCAACGUGACCCUGUCCCUGGACACCGUGGAGGAGGUGCUGUCGGUCAGCAAGAUCCUGCACAUCCCGCAGGUCACCAAGCUGUGCGUGCAGUUCCUCAACGACCAGAUCUCGGUGCAGAACUACAAGCAGGUGUGCAAGAUCGCCGCGCUGCACGGCCUGGAGGAGACCAAGAAGCUGGCCAACAAGUACCUGGUGGAGGACGUGCUGCUGCUCAACUUCGAGGAGAUGCGCGCCUUGCUGGACUCGCUGCCGCCCCCCGUGGAGUCGGAGCUGGCGCUCUUCCAGAUGUCCGUGCUCUGGCUGGAGCACGACCGCGAGACCCGCAUGCAGUACGCGCCCGACCUCAUGAAGCGCCUCCGCUUCGCGCUCAUCCCGGCCCCGGAGCUGGUGGAGCGCGUCCAGUCGGUGGACUUCAUGCGCACCGACCCGGUGUGCCAGAAGCUGCUGCUGGACGCCAUGAACUACCACCUGAUGCCCUUCAGGCAGCACUGCAGGCAGAGCCUGGCCAGCAGAAUUCGCUCUAACAAGAAAAUGCUGUUAUUGGUUGGAGGAUUGCCUCCCGGGCCGGACCGGCUCCCCAGCAAUUUGGUUCAGUACUACGAUGAUGAAAAGAAGACAUGGAAAAUACUUACAAUUAUGCCAUACAACAGUGCCCAUCACUGCGUUGUAGAGGUAGAAAACUUCUUGUUCGUGUUGGGUGGAGAGGACCAAUGGAACCCUAAUGGAAAACACAGUACAAAUUUUGUCAGCCGAUAUGAUCCUCGAUUUAAUAGCUGGAUACAACUUCCUCCCAUGCAAGAAAGAAGAGCCAGCUUCUAUGCAUGUCGGUUGGACAAACAUUUAUAUGUUAUUGGCGGAAGGAAUGAAACGGGUUACUUGUCCAGCGUGGAGUGCUACAACUUAGAAACAAACGAAUGGCGUUAUGUGUCCUCUUUGCCUCAGCCUCUAGCUGCUCACGCAGGAGCAGUGCACAACGGGAAGAUUUACAUUUCAGGGGGUGUACAUAAUGGAGAAUAUGUCCCUUGGCUAUAUUGCUAUGACCCUGUAAUGGAUGUCUGGGCUCGAAAACAAGAUAUGAACACAAAACGCGCCAUCCACACUUUGGCUGUAAUGAAUGAUCGCUUGUAUGCAAUUGGAGGAAAUCAUUUGAAAGGUUUCUCCCACCUUGAUGUAAUGCUUGUAGAGUGCUAUGACCCAAAAGGUGACCAGUGGAACAUUCUUCAGACUCCCAUUUUGGAAGGUCGAAGUGGGCCUGGCUGUGCAGUGCUUGAUGACAGCAUUUACCUUGUGGGAGGAUACAGCUGGAGUAUGGGAGCCUACAAGUCAUCUACAAUAUGCUAUUGUCCCGAAAAAGGCACCUGGACAGAACUCGAAGGAGAAGUGGCAGAACCACUGGCAGGUCCAGCCUGUGCAACUGUCAUCCUGCCUGCCUGUGUACCUUAUAACAAAUAACACCAGGAAGUCCUGGAAUGAACAGUAUCACAUUCUAGGAGUGCCAGGUGACGUCACUAUUAUGCUUGGAUCAAUGCAUUCUAAUGGUACAACUGCCGAAACCCACCCUUGGUUUCACAUGAUUUACGAAUAACUACAAAAGAAAAAGACCUAUUCUUGAACAAAUAUGUCUGAAAUGCACAUCCCACCAAACUUCCUGUGGUGACAGUCUCUUCCAUUUCAGACUGGUUUUAACUUGUCCCACCUUUACAAAAACUCAUGUGGAUCUUAACUUUGGAAAUGAGAGAGAUAAAAUACAGAAGAGUGCCCCCAGAGAGACCUAAGAUCAGUAUUGUGCGUAGUCUACCUGCAUGUGAUCAAUGUUAAAAUUUUGGGGAUAUUGUGUUCACGGAUGAUUCAAAAUUGGACCACUAAAAUACCUGUAACUGCAUUACAAAAAUUUCCCCUUGAUACAAUCAUCCUCAUCUGUGGCUACUUCACAGACUCCAUAGGCGACACAAUUAUAGAAAAUCAUUUCAGAUUAAUGAGGAGAAUUUUAUUUCUAUAAUUUCUGCUCUUAACAAAAUCUAAUGGAACAAGAGAAGAGAAAGAUAUUGUGUUUUAUAGCAAUUGCUUUCUUCCCUGUAGAUUCUAGGCUAACCAGAGUCAUAAUUUUUGUUCCUAAAUUUUAUAUAAAAAGGAAAAAUAUGUAAUAUGCUAUUAUUUAACAGUCAAAGGCUUGUGAUUUCUCUUUUUUCUUACAACACAUCUCUUAUUUAUUUCAAAUAAUAGGACUGAGAAAAUCAGCUCUACGAUUUUAUAUAUAUAUAUCAGACUCAAACUUAACCCAUAAUGUAACCUGGGAGAUUUCUUUCAAGCAUCCAAAGACAGAUAAAGAGAAGAAUUUCUUUUAAGAACUAUGCUAGAUGUCUCUCUGUCCCUAAAACAUACAACUUAAAGUUCCAAAAAUAAGUUUCACUAUAUCAACAACCCUAAAUUUGACUCUAGAAUAGCACAAGAUUUACCCUCAUCAUUUCCCUCAUCAUAUUUGUUUGCAAUCACCAGAGAUGCCUGAGCUCAGUGAAGUGAGCAAUUGCUGGUUGUCUUCAGGAGCAUGAAGAGUUUAAGAACAGAGGUUAGGAAAGCAUGAGAUUGUCUCAGUGUGGUUAAUCAAAGACUAAAACUGCCAGGAACAUGAAGUUGGUUUUAUUUGAAUUCUUUAGAGAUGAAAUAACAGCGAUUAGAGAAAAUAAAACCCCAAAAUAUUUCAUUGUUGUAUCCCUCAACAAAUGUGUUAACAACAACAUGGGAAAGUACAAAUUUUAAAAAUGCCUUGGUGAUUAGCUUUCACUGUGGAGCAUAUAUGAUGGAGGGGUGUACUGGAUUCUAAUGCGUUUCUACAGUAAAGUGCAAUCUUUGUUGUUUUGUAUUUAUUUGUAUGUUCAGAUCCAAAGGAUCCAUUGUAAAAUAUAUAUAAAUAUAUAUAUCCAGUGCAAUCAACUUUCAUUUCUUUUUCCUUGAAAACAUAAGAAUAUAUAGAAAGAAAAGUUACAGUACAUGCUGACAUCUUGAAGAAAGAGAACAAGUUCUGCUUCAGGAUUUUUUUAUCAUCAACUGUCAUCAUUUCUUCUGAAAGUCAGUUUAUACAAGGAAUUUUGCUUUUCUUAUAUUUUUUCAUUUAUUUUUUAUUUCUAGCUAAAAUAAAUAAAAGCAUUUAUGAGAACUAUAAGUAAAGCUUUCUGUACUUCAGAAAGACACAACUAUUACAAAGUGAAAAGUGAAUACAAAAGUCACAGAGAAUGUAAAUUUUGUACAGUAUUAGAAUGUAUAAAUGAAGUUUGCUUGAAGGGGAAAACUUUAAAUAAAAACUUUAUGUACUAA